GCCUCCCACUCUAAUGGCGCUACAUGCUAACUGUUACCUCAGCUUGUGCAAAGACGUGAACGACCUUUCCCACGUGCACUGUGGUGAUGCUGACACUCGGGGACGUGAGUUGAAGCUAACGUGGUGAUUUUUAUCCACCGCGAGGGAGGAAUCAUCCUGUAAACACCCUCGCCAAGCUGCCCCCCCCCCCCUGUCAAUGUGAAACCACAUCUGACCUGAGUCCGGCCAUGAGCAGCACAGCCUUGCCAGUAAUGUAACAUAUGCUGAUGAAAACCAGCUCAAAAAUGACAACAUCAGUCCUCACAGCAAUUGAUGCGACUGUGGUCGUAAUCCUUUGCAUGGAGAUCAGAGCAUAGCAGACUGAUUCUUCACCUAUGAAGCCACACUAAGUGAGUGUUAUGAACUUUUCUCUGAGACGUGUCAACUCUCAUAUGAAAACACACCACCGUCAUGACGAAGGUGCGGGAGGAAGAAGAGACAGUCGGUGGUUUGAUCAACUCAGAAGGAGAAGAGUUAGAAUGGGAUCCUGCCAACUCUAGAGACGCUCAUGAUGUGCGCCACACUGAUGAUCAACAACUGGACAGAAGCAUGAGCCGGUCUUGCUUCUGCGUUACGUGUGGUAAGAAAUUCCCGAGCAGCAGAGCUCUACAGCGACACCAGAGGACUCACACUGAAACCAAACCUCAUGAAUGCUCACAGUGUGGGAAAGGCUUUAAUUUCCCGAACAGACUGAAGAGACACCUUUUAAUCCACACCAAAGAAAAACUUUUCACCCGCCCAGAGUGUGACAAGAGAUUCUCUCGCGAUGAAGGACUGAAGGAACACCUGGCUCCGAUCGGCUCAGACACAUCACAUCUGGAGAGGAAUUCUGCUGGUAAGGCUCCUGAUGUCACAUCACCUGUUGAUCUGCACACAGCCACGCAAAGCAAACCCGGAACUAACCGAUCUGUGAACACAACACCCAGGAAACGUGGAAAGAAAACGGCGGCUGAGGAGCUGUUCAGCUGCACAGAAUGCAGUAAGGACUUCCAGAGCGUGUUCGCCAGGGGCCGCCAUCUGAGAGAGAAACAUGGCAAACACCCGCUUCAUGAGUGCUGCGACUGUGGAGAGACAUUUAGAGCCAACCGAAGCUUGAUAGUUCACCGGAGGAUUUACCAUCCAGGACCAACAGCGGCUGUGGAACGUGAAGAAGAGCGCAGAGCACCAAAGACGUAUAUCUGUUCAACAUGUGGGAAGCAGUUCCCUACCAGUGCCUCGCUGAAAAGGCACCUCAUUAUUCACUCAGGAAAGAAACCGUACAAGUGCACUUUGUGUGGUAGAGGUUUCACACAGAUUGGAAAUCUCAAGACACACCAGAAGGUUCAUAAAGGGAAAUUCAGCAACACACCAGCAUCACAGGAAAGUCCCCUUGGACCUGAAGAGGCUCAGUCAUCUGUGGAAAUCUGCUUCUGUAACUUCUGUUGGACACAAUUUUCCGAUAAACAACUGUUAGAAGAACAUGUGAGGCAUGUCCAUGAAUCAAAGAAACCAUUUUGUUGCACACAGUGCGGCAAGAGAUUCACGCAUCUCCAGAAAUUAAAAGAACAUGAAGCUGGGCACGAGGGUCUGAAGACAUAUCAGUGUUCCCGGUGUGAUAAAGGUUUCCAGACCUCAAAAGGAUUAGAGAACCACAUGCGCGAUCACACAGGAGAGAAACCAUUCCCCUGCAUUAUAUGUGGAAAAAGGUUCAAGCAGGAAUCUACUGUGAGAGCACACGGCGUGACUCAUUCUGGAGAGAGACCACAUCUCUGCUCCAUCUGCGGGAAACGUUACGUCAGGGCUGAAGAGCUUAAAGUUCACCUCAGAGUUCAUACAGGAGAGAAGCCGUACCAGUGUGACGAGUGUGGGAAGAGUUUCUACUACAGGCAAGGCUUCAACAACCAUAAGAAAACUCACAAUGCCAAACCCAUAGGACCCACCAGGCGGCUCGGCAGACCCAGACAGCUGGGGAGUCCCAGGAAGUCAAAGAGGCCCAAGAAGAUCUCACAAAGUGCUCUGCCUGAUUCAGAUGGAGAGGACCUGAACCGGGAGCCUCCUGACCUUGGAAACAGGCCUCAUCAUCAGCUCGGGCACAGGGACACUCAUGCUGCAGAGAACGACAACCAGACAUCCGUGGGGAACUUUCGUCAUUACACAACAAUGAGCUCUUUGGACCAAAACCCCAACACAUCUAACUGGAGAGCAGCAGAGGGGCAGGGGGCUUACUGUGGCCCAGCAGGAGGGAGCAGAAGUUUCAGUGCCCUCCUCAGGGGCACGGUGGAGCACUUUGAGGAGGGCUGUCCAGCAGAGCAGCCCCCCUGGCCUUCUGGGACUGCCUCUGUAGCACCACCCUCAGAGCUGGGUCUCGGCUCACAUCACCCACGUAACUCCACAUCAAAGAAAAUGCAUCUGAGCAAGAGGGCUAGAGAGGAAAUUGAGUAUGAAGAACAGACACCAGCAACCCAAGGCCAGGACCACAGCCCAGCGCCUAAGGGAGAAGCUCCAAGAAGGCCAGAACCUGUGGAUGAACCUAGCUCUGAUAAACAGCCUCAGGAAAAGGUGUCUGCAGAGCCAAAACAGAACCAAGUGCCACGCAGACCAACGAAGAAGUACGACUGUCCAACCUGUGGAAAAGUUUUCUGUCACAACUCCGCUUUGAAGCGACACCUUGUGAUUCACUCAGGAAAAAGACCAUUUAAGUGCUUCAUAUGUGCAAGAGGAUUCACCCAGAGUGGAAACCUGAAAACACACAUGAAAGUUCACAAAGGAGAGUUACCAAAUUGGACAUUAGUUCAAGAAACGAGUCGUCCUGAGGAAUCUCCUGUGACAGUUCAUGUGUGUGGAGAGUGUGGAAUGGACUUCCCUCAGAAACAACAGCUGGAAGAACACAGAGAGAGUCACAAAAAGCCUUACGCGUGUUCUGACUGUGCCAAGACAUUCAAAAAUGAAUAUUAUUUUAGACUGCAUAAGCGCAUUCACUCUGGAGAGUCACCUUUCCUCUGUUCAGAGUGCGGGAAGAGCUGCAUCACAGCAAGUUCGCUAAAAACGCACGAGUUGACACACACUGGAGAGAAGAAUUUCCAUUGUGAUCAGUGUGGGAGGGCAUUUUCACAGUCCUCCCACCUCAGCAUGCACCUCCAAACUCACACUGGAGAGCGACCUCAUCUCUGCUCUAUCUGUGGUAAAAGUUACUCCAAAGCAGGUUGUCUGAAAGUUCACCUGCGAGUUCACACCGGAGAGAAACCGUAUACCUGUGAGAAAUGUGGCAAGUGCUUUUAUUACUCUCAAGGUUAUCAAGCGCAUUUGAAGAUUCACAACAAGAAGCCAAAACCGCCAACAAAACCUCUGGGGAGACCAAAACAGCAGCUGUUAGUGGUAAAUAAUCAAUAAUGUCAUCUGGGUAAUCUGAAUGGACAUACAAGGAAAUAGUAAAUAUAUUACAGUUUACCCAUCUGUUAUCAUGUGAAGUUAAACAUCUUUCAAAUAACUGAUUUAAUUGGUCAAGCAGUAUGGUAGGAACCAUAUGUAAUAUUACAGUAUGUGGUGUACAGUCUGCUCUAUUGUUAUUUGUAUUGGAUAACAGUGAAGUAGUAAUAAAUCACCAUAUUGUGAGUUAUUGUUAGUUUUAUUUGUUUUUCUUUGUGUUUUUCUUUGUGAUUCACCUAAACCAGGACCAGACUUAUACUCUAAUAAUUUGACUCCACAGUUUAAAAUGUUAUACUUUAAGUAUAUUUUACAGGCAGCAUCUAAUUACUUAAUAUACAGUUGUUGUUUUAGUCAGAACUUUUAUUUUUGUAUCUUAAUACAUGAAUAUAAGAUACUCUAUGCAUUGGAUUUUUAUUUUUGUAUGGUUGUGCAGCAGGAUCAGAGUGUUGGUGUUACCUGUUUCAUUGUUGGGACUCAUUUUAGUAUCUAAAGCAUUUGGUCUGAUGGUUCCUGUUGUAGCCAAUAUGAUGUUUUUUAUUGCAAUGUAUUUAUAUUAUGAAGGUGCUAUAUUAUUGUUGUGUUACCAUGACAACUCACAACCUGGGCAUAGGAGGGGUCCAGCCAAUAGCAGGCAACAGGAAGUUCACUUGAGGGUGUCACUGGGGCACAGGUGGAGAGGGGUUGGUAAUCAGGCAGAAGCCACACAGUUUUUCAACCGUGCGGGCGGUUGUUUGUUUUCAGUUGUUAUGAGUUUAUUUCGGUUUAUUUUCCUACCGCAAGUUAGUUGUUUAAUUUACAAUUAACACCCGGCCUUUGUUUAUGCUUCAUAACACCCUGCUGCAUUUUCAAAAUAAACGUUUUCAAAUGAACUGAAGACCUCUACUGUCAACUGCUUCACGCGUUGGAAAGGGCUCCACGCCAUCCCUCACUGGCAAGUUUUUGUGGUUCCGAUUGCCUUUACAGUUCCCAAACGUUUUCUGCCAGGUCAUUCUGUCAACUCAGUUAUUGCUGUGAAAAGGUAUUUUGUAAUUGCCACAUUUUUCUCCUGAUCAUGUGCACCACCGCCCCUCCUGAGUCAUACCCCAGUGUGUUCUGCCCAUAGUUUCUGCCCAGUAUCAUACCAGUCCAACGUGCCUGAUAAAUCUUCAGAGGGAGGCAUCCAGCAUCAUGAAAAAAAUAAAAUAUUUUGAACUUU